AUCGAGAGCGUGUGAUUUGGCGCUGAGCGAGAUAGACAAGGCCCAAAGCAGGGUGAUUUUGUUACAGCUAGAGGAAGAGGGAGCAAGCGAAAUUAAAAUACAGAAGGGGCGAGAUUUAUACAUAAUUCCCACCUAGGUUCCGCAAAAUACUAGGCCCCCUUAGGUUCUACAGCCAAUAGACAAGACUUGGGGACCGAGCAGUGGCUGUAAAUUGGCCCUAUUAAAGAAUUGCGUUAGAAACGGGGAGGCCUGCACUCUGUCCGAAUAUUUUUUUAUUUGAUCUCUUUUUGUAAAUUGCUCAAAGAAGCGCAGAUAUCUGGUGUAUGUGUUUAGAAUGGGACACGCUGAAGGUCCAGCCAGAGAAAAGGACAGUUAAGGAUGCAGGAGCACAACAAUGGAUUUCUCCUUCUCUUUCAUGCAAGGGAUCAUGGGAAAUACAAUUCAGCAACCCCCUCAGCUCAUUGACUCAGCCAACAUCCGACAGGAGGGCGCCUACGACACCGGCAGCGAUGCGGGCGAGGACGGAGCCCCCUCCUACGACGCUGCCCUGGAGGCAGAGUUCUCCUACCCGCCCUCUGCCUCCGAAGACAUGCCACCGGUCUCCAAUGGUUACCCCCCUGGGCUGGGCCUGUACGAGCCCCAGGCCAAGUUCUCCAUGUACCCCCAGUUCCCCAACGGCUCGGCCAAUGGAUACGGGGCCAUCCGGGGCUAUGGCGAACACUGCCUCAUGCCUGGGGAGGGAACGGUCCUGAGGGCCCCUAUCCUCCAGGAGAGAUCCCCCUCCCCUAUAUCUCCUCCACCUUCACACCACCCCCAUCUCCAUCACCCUCACCACCACCAUUCUCAUCACUACCACCCUCAACUUCACCCACACAGCCCUCCACCCCUGCCCUCCCAACACCACCUCAACCCGCCACCUCACCGCAUGUCCCAUGUGCUCCCUCCUCCCCCGUUACUCCUGCCCUCCACCAGCCCUCCCCUGUCCCUGCUGGACAGCACCCCCCCCUCUCACCCUUCUCACACCCCCUCUGCUCCCUCCAUCGGGGUCCUGAAGAAAACCAGCUCUCCAGAGAUCAAGCUAAAGAUCAUAAAGAAGUACCAGAACGGGAGGGAGCUGUUUGAGUCUGCGUUGUGUGGAGAUCUGCUGCAGGAGUCCCAGGCCAGCGAGGCCUCUCAGAGCCACCGCAGACACGAGAGGAAGAAGGAGAAGAGGAAAAAGACCGUCAGGGAGCAAGAAGAAGGGCAGGACCAGGAGCAGCUACAAGAGGGCACUGUAGGGCAGGCCAGGGACAUCCAGACCCAGCUACAGCUCCAGACUCACACCCCGGCCCAGACCCAACCACAGGAGCUGCCUGUGGGGCAGACAGAGAAGCCACAGAAGACCCCCAUCAAAGCAGAGCCCGAGACACCUAAGGUCCAGAAGCAGUACCCUACAGUGAUAACCGGUACAGGCUGCUGUAAGGACCACGAGGUGGGGGACCUGGUGUGGGCCAAGGUGGGCACCUACCCCUGGUGGCCCUGCAUGGUCUCCUGUGACCCCCAGAUGAACGUCCACACACGCAUCAACACCCGGGGUCACAGGGAGUACCAUGUGCAGUUCUUUGGCAGCGUGGCGGAGCGGGCCUGGGUCCAUGAGAAGAGGGUGGUCAUGUACCAGGGGGAGCACCAGUUUGAUGAGCUGCAGGCUGAGACACUACGCAAGACUACCAACACCGCAGAGAGACACAAGCUGAUGAAGCCCUUCCCCCAGAGAGAGCGUGCUCAGUGGGAGGUGGGCGUCGGCCAUGCGGAGGAUGCCUUCCUGAUGACUCAGCAGGAACGUAUCGACAACUACACCUUCAUCUACGUCGACCCCGACCCCAAUGCUCCUCCGCCCAUCAAGAAGACCCCCACCAGGGUGGCCGGUCGCACCCAACGUUCUUCUAUCGCAACAAGUAAGAAAGAAGAAGUGGCAGUGACAUCACCGGACCGGGCGGAGCCCUCCAGAAGACAGCCUCGUAGGCAGUGUAGUGUUCCUAAUGCAGACGACCCAGCCGACCCCCAGACCUCAGAGAAAGACCAGAGCCGGGACCCUGGCCAGCCCAGCCCCCCAGCUCGGGAGGCCCUGUCUAAGGCAGGGGGAACCCAGGAGUCCCCUGCCCCUGUCCGGGCCUGGAAGACAGCCGCUGCCAGGAAGUUGCUGCCUCUUUCCAUUACCAUGAAGAAACUAAAUGUGGAGAUCACCAAGUGUGACCAAGUGUGGCCUCUUCUGCAGAGGAAAGCCCUGCCCUCACCACGUCGAGAGAGGGAGAGAGAGGCGGAGAGGGAGGAGGGAGAAGGCCGACAGGCUGACCUGGGAUACUGCUCACCAGAGCAGGGCUGUGGAGUUAAACCAGAACCCAGUCCAGACGAGGAGGAGAAGAGGGAUGAGGGAGAGGAGAAAGAGGACAGGGAGGAGAGAAGUGACCAGGAAGCACCACAGCACACCUCCUGUCCUGGGUCUCAGCACAGCACUCCGACAGGUUCUCAAGAGCGUAAGCAGCAGCGCAGGUCAGUGAGGAGCAGAUCAGAGUCAGAGAAAGGCUGUGAGCCCGUCCCCAAAAAGAAGACCAAAAAGGAACAGGGUGAGAUGGCUCCUGAGACCACUCUGAGAACAGGCUCACAGAAAGGAGCCAGUGAGAUCUCAGAUGCCUGUAAGCCUCUGAAGAAACGCAGCAGAGCCUCCACAGACGUAGAGAUGGCCUCCUCUCAGUACAGAGACACAUCCGACUCUGACUCUAGAGGCCUGAACGACCCGCAGAGUCUGUUUGGGAAGAGUUUGGACAGUCCAGCGGCUGCAGAUGCGGACGAGUCAGACAGCCAGUCAGUGGACUCCAGUCUUUCCAGACAAGGAAGCAGCACAGCCAAGAUAGACACUGUCUGCCAGAUCUGUGAGGUGUAUGGAGAGGGUCUGGUGUCGUGUGAGGGAGACUGCUGUCGGCUGUUCCAUCUGGAGUGCUUGGGUCUCGCCUCGGUACCCGAGGGCAAGUUUACCUGUCUGGAAUGUAGAAACGGCUCUCACUUGUGUUUCAGCUGUAAGGCAGGGGGAGGGGAGGUGUUGCGCUGCUCAGUGGUUGGCUGCGGGAGGUAUUACCAUGACGACUGCGUGCGUAAACUCCCUGGCACCGUGGGGAGUGGUACGGGCGGGGGGUUCCACUGCCCCCAGCAUACCUGCGCCACCUGCUGUCUGGAGAGAGACCUGCACCAAGCCACCCAAGGGCGUAUGAUGCGUUGUCUGCGCUGCCCUGUUGCGUACCAUACAGGGGACAGCUGCGUGGCAGCGGGUAGCAUGGUCCUCACCCACCACAUCAUGAUCUGCAGCAGCCAUGGCAUUGCCAAGAGGAACGGCCUCCUCUCCUCACCUGUCAAUGUGAACUGGUGUUUCCUCUGUGCCCGAGGACUGUUAGUGCAGGACCUUACUGACACCAUAUUAAGUUCAUAUGCCUAUAAGUCCCACUACCUUCUGACUGAGUCAAAUCGUGCUGAGUUGAAAUUACCUAUGAUUCCCUCUUCUUCGUCAGCUACCAAAAAGAAUAUUGGGAAAGGAGAGAAGCUGCUGUGCUGUGCGUUGUGCCCGGCGUCGUUCCACCCAGAGUGUUUGGAGAUGGCGAUGCCAGAGGGGGCGUGGUCCUGCAGGGAGUGCAGAUCAGGAAGGAAACCCCACUACAAACAGAUCGUUUGGGUCAAACUGGGAAACUACCGGUGGUGGCCAGCGGAGAUCUGUAACCCUCGCCUGGUGCCCCCCAACAUCCAAACGCUCCGCCACGACAUCGGAGCCUUCCCAGUCUUCUUCUUUGGUUCCCAUGACUACUACUGGAUCAACCAGGGCCGUGUGUUUCCCUACGUGGAGAACGACAAGACCCCUGUCACGGGCCAAAUCAACAUCAACAAGACGUUCAAGAAAGCUCUGGAGGAGGCUGCUCGUAGGUUCCAGGAGCUCAAGGCACAGAGGGAGAGCAGGGAGGCCCUAGAGCAGGAACGCAACUCACGCAAACCACCGCCUUACAAGUUCAUCAAGUCCAACAAGCCGGUGGGGAAGGUGCAGGUGCACAUAGCCGACCUGUCUGAAAUCCCACGAUGCAACUGUAAGCCCACGGACGAACACCCCUGCAGCCUGGACUCCCAGUGUCUCAACCGCAUGCUGCAGUACGAGUGUCACCCGCAGGUGUGUCCGACAGGUGAUAGCUGUGAGAACCAAUGCUUCUCUAAACGUCUGUACUCCGAGACAGAGGUCAUCAAAACAGAGGGUUGUGGCUGGGGCCUCAAGACCAACCAGGCCCUCAGGAAGGGAGAUUUUGUGACAGAGUACGUGGGAGAGGUGAUAGAUUCAGAAGAGUGCCAGCAGCGAAUCAAACACGCUCAUGAGAACCGUGUGACUGACUUCUACAUGCUCACCCUCACCAAGGACCGGGUGAUAGACGCGGGGCCCAAAGGGAACUCCUCUCGCUUCAUUAACCACAGUUGCAGCCCCAACUGUGAGACGCAGAAAUGGACCGUCAAUGGAGAUGUACGGAUAGGGCUCUUCACCUUGUGUGACAUAGAGGCUGGCACUGAGUUGACGUUUAACUAUAACCUGGACUUGGUGGGGAAUAGAAGGUCGUCGUGUCACUGUGGAGCUGAGAACUGCUCUGGCUUCCUGGGGGUGCGGCCUACGAGUGCAGUGGUGAUGGAGAAGGAGGAGAAGGCGAGGAACGCUAAGCUGAAGCCCAAGAAGCGUAAGCUGCGACCGGAAGGGAAACGCACACAUGAGUACUUCUGUUUCUGCUGCGGAGAGGGAGGGGAGCUGGUCAUAUGUGACAAGAAGGACUGUCCUAAAGCUUAUCACCUGCUGUGUCUCAACCUCACCAAACCCCCAUAUGGUCGUUGGGAGUGCCCAUGGCAUGAUUGCAGUGUGUGUGGUGUCCCAGCCUCAUCCCUCUGUGACUUCUGCCCUCGCUCCUUCUGCCGGCAACAUGAGGGGGGAGUUCUCACCCCCUCUACCUUGGAGGGUCGCCCCUGUUGCUCCAAUCACAACCCCCUCAGCCCCCUGGGCUCCAACGCCAACCUCCCACAUACUCACACACACCACCCUGGUACGGUCAGUAUCAAAGAAGAGCCAGAGGACCCCGAGGAGGAGCCCAGCCAGCAGGACCGAGAGUAAAGCUGUCUCAAAUCACACCCUUUUCCCUAAAAUAGUGCACUAGAAAUGGAGCACUAUACCUAUGGGGAAUAGGGUGUGAUUAGAGAUGUGCCAUAAAGUGAAAGAGACCAGAACUGCAGCCAACAGUUACACCUGAUAUUCCCAUGGGCUGGACAGAAUGACUGACAGACCGAAGGACUGACAGGCGCAGACUUGGUGUGAGUAGUCAGUGGUUCUAUGUCAGAGAGCGGAGCAGAGCAGAGCUCCUCUAUCUAAGGAUAUUGGGAGUGGAGGAGAGGGCAAGGGGAGAUUGAGAGGUGUGCCGCACAUCACCCCAAAUAAUCAGUGUUUGUUUCACCACUUCAGUGUGAUUCUGUCAUUUCUACAAGUGUGGAUUCUCAGUGUUAUGUCAUUGGUUACCGGCACUUUGAAGAACUCAGUGAGGGGGAUGGAGAGGGGGUUUAAACCUUUUUCCAACAUGCUGCUUUUCUCUUUGUUUACUUCCUGUGUACUGGGAUUGCUAGUGGCCCGUUGCCAGGGGCUGCUUCACAUUCCCAGAAGGCUUUGCUGUGUGUUGGUGAGCUAGCAGAGUCAGGCCCAACACUCCUACCACCCUCAUCACUCCAGACAUGAUCCAUCGAUCCCUAUCUGUCUCUCCUUUCACAACGAGAAGAAAAUAGAUUUGUGCAAUUUUCAGGAUCACACUAUAUUCCGACAUUCCUUAUACCUGUUUUUGAUACACUUAUGAAUAUAAAUAUAGUAACAGUCAAAGUUUGGAAGCACCUACUCAUGUAGUAAGUAAUAAAGUUGAAACAUAUCAAAAUAUAUUUUAUUCUUCAAAGUAGCCACCCUUUGCCUUGAUGACAACUUUGCACACUCUUGGCAUUCUCUCAACCAGCUUCAUGAGGAAUGCUUUUCCAACAGUCUUGAAGUA